AUGUCCUUCUUAUCAUUCUCACCAUGUUGCGUCAAAGGUGGUAUACUGCCUGGUGUACCCAGAGGAGAUUAUGAUACUUCCACUUUGAAAAAAGUAGGCGGAUAUCAUGUUAAUUCCUCUGACGGCAUGAUUGGAGACGGGAAAGUCGCUUUGGUCAUCUUUGCUGAUAUUUUUGGUCUUCAAGUCCCAAAUUGUCAGAUUUUAGCGGAUGGAUUUUCAGAUGAAUUGAAAUGUCACGUUUUCGUACCGGACUAUAUCCCAAACCCACCUCCGAAUUCAGCUUUCACACAAGUGGCUAAAACGUUUCCUGAAGAAUACGCGAAUCGACCAUGGUAUAUCAGUUUGAUCGAAUGGAUAAAAACCAUAUUUAAAGCUUGGAAAUGGAUACCGACAUUUCUCUUCCAAGGCAAUCAGAUUAGAUUAGCACAAGCUGCAGUGGAUAAUCUCAUUACGGAAGGCUACACUACGAUAAUGUCAAUUGGGUAUUGCAGGGGAGCAACAAUCCUCGAAUACCUCUUAUCGUCAUCAUCAAAUGUGAUUCAAUGCGCAGUUCUUUGUCACCCAGAACCCAAACCCAGAUUAUACAAUCAUAUAAAUCGACCUACUAUCUGGAAUAUACCUGAUCAUGACACCUUCUUCAAAUCCAACGAGGUAGAUAUUUUGAAGAGAAUAAUGGGGAAAAAAGUGAAAGAUCAAGGAUUGGAAUUUGAAUGUUUCGUACAUAAAGAUACCGUACAUGGAUUCGCCAACCGACCUACUCUAGAUCAUGAAGCUACCAAGAUAGCUUUUGAGAAAGUCAACAAUGAUGCAAUUGAGUUUUUCAAAAGACAUCUUCUGCAAUGA